CCACCUCCACCAGCACCUGGUCCAAAGCCUCCUAGACCAGCUCCAGCUCCUCCACCAGGCUGAAAUCCAGUCCCAGCUCCUCCAGGGCCAAAUCCUGUACCAAUUCCACCUGGCCCGAAUCCAGUUCCAGGACCUGCACCGGCUCCUAUGCCGGCUCCAGCUGCUCCUGCAGCACCAGCAGGUGCUGCAUUGCUGAACACCACACAUGCAGUAAAGGGGACCCACCUCCUUGCAGCGAAGGUUUCCACAGAGCUAGGAGAAGGACUCCCUGCAGGUAACGACUGCGGCUGCAGCCCGAGUCAACAACAACCUCCAGCAGCUGUCAGCGAAAACAUGGCGACCCGAGUCCUUCAAAGAGUGGGCAGCGGCCUCAAAGAGGCGAAACAUGGGCUUCAGGCGACCGGACAGGUCAAAGUUGUCGUAAGGAGCCUCUCUGCUUUCAAAGAAGACAGCUGGUUCAAAUCUCUCUUUGUUAGAAAGGUCGAUCCAAGAAAAGACGCUCACUCGCAUCUGCUCGCCAAGAAGGAAGACAGCAAUCUGUACAAAAUACAGUUUCACAAUGUGAAGCCUGAGUGCCUUGAUGAAUACAAUGAACUUUGUGACAACAUCUUGCCUUCUAUUCAUGAAGACCCUGAAUACCCCUGUGAGCUGGUGGGCACCUGGAACACAUGGUAUGGAGAGCAGGAUCAGGCAGUUCACCUGUGGAGAUAUCGGGGAGGAUACCCUGCUCUCACCGAAGUCAUGAACAAACUCAGGCAGAAUAAGAAGUUUAUGGACUACAGAAACGAGAGGGGGAAGAUGCUGCAGUCUCGUAGGAACCAGCUGCUGCUGGAGUUCAGUUUCUGGAACGAACCUGUCCCCCGUCCAGGACCCAACAUCUACGAGCUCCGAUCAUACCAACUCAGGCCAGGGACGAUGAUCGAGUGGGGAAAUUACUGGGCGCGCGCUAUCGAGAUUCGCCAGAAGAACCACGAGGCGGUGGGAGGCUUUUUCUCACAGAUUGGAAGUCUGUACACGGUUCACCAUUUAUGGGCUUAUAAAGAUCUUCAGUCCAGAGAAGACACCAGAAAUGCAGCCUGGCAGCGUGACGGCUGGGAUGAGGUUGUUUAUUACACAGUCCCUCUUAUUCAGCACAUGGAAUCUAGAAUAAUGAUUCCCAUGAAGAAAUCGCCCUUGAAGUAACCGCCAACACUGAAGAAAAACCCCAGCGAAACUCUCAACAGCCGCCACAACAACAACCACCAUCUGUAAGAGAGCGUAACCAACCGUCGGGAGUGUGCACUGCCAGGGAUAUCAGUAGAAAAUCAACAUUUCGUUUCAGUUUGUGUUUCCUUUUCUUCUUUAUUUCUUCACUCCCCGUCUUUUCCGUGUGAGCUUAGAAUGUCUUAUUUUCAAAUGACGAGGUCAAAAUGACGAUUUGUUACAGCAGUUAUUAUGUUACUUAUCCAUAAAUGAGCUGCGUGGGCAAAAUUAUAAUUUGACACACUCCUCCUCUUCACUGUCUCUGUCAUUUAUGAGGCUUGUCUUUUUUUUAUUAUUAUGAUGAUCUAAAACCUACUUUCACCAGUGUUUUGAGAGUUGAGAUGCCAGGAGGGGACGUGAAUCAGGCUUUCAGAGGUCAAAGGAGCUGAAAAUGUCUUUCGUGAAAAUGUGUUACAAAAGAAAAUGACUCAUGAGUCCUGUUGCACUAGCGAAUCAAACAACAGUAACUGCCUCCAUUAUCUCAACUAAAACACUGCACCCAGGGCUUUAUGGGUGGAAUAAGGAGCAAUGUUUCUGAUCCGUAUUGAUUGGAUAAGUUUCUUCUUUAAAAAGUUAAAUGUUUCCAGUAAUGGUGCAUGCUGUUUACAAAUCAAACACAGUGUUUUAUAAUCGACAAUAAUCCUAAUUAUCAGAGAUAGUGGCCGCUGCUGUAGAGCCGCAGUCCAAAUGUCACCAGGUAUCCACUCCUACAGAAAAAGAGACUUUAUGUUUACGUGGUUUUGAUCCAACCAGCUGACUUUGGUGUGUAAUUAUGUUUCGAAAUCAGUCGGAUUGGAUGAAAGGAUUCAUACAGACACUGUUAUGAAGACACACAAACAGACCGCAGAGUGUCAGACUAGUCAGGAGCACAAAACCGGACGCUAGACUUUGAUUUAAAGCACAGUCUUUUCACUCCUGCCUGGAUACAUGAUUACAGCUUCCAGUUAUUGGGUCGUGAAGUUGUGAUGAAUCCUUCGUAGGAGUCGUUUUCCCUGUUUGUGUCUCCUCUGUUAAACUGACCACAUCUCCUGAUUUUUUUCUAACUUUUGACAUUGUGACGCUUCUGGCUCUUCCAGCUGUGUAAGAGGAGGACGAGAUGAUUCAAACGACUAGAAAUUACUUUUGAUUUCAGCAGAACUAAUCAGUAUCUACACACUGCUGUACACUGACUGGUUUGGUCUAUCUCUAUGUCAAGUAAUUAAGGCCAACUGGGUGAUUGUGUGCUGUAACUGAGAUUAAUGUUUUGUUUUUUGUUUUUUUUUUAAAUGGUCAGAUUAGAGAUAUCCAUAGUGGGCUUACUGACCAAGCCAGAGAUCUGGUCAAUCCUGUAUCUGUAACGAGGUGGGGUAUUCUGACUGUAAUGUGUUAAUAAACAAGUGGACAGGUGAGAAGUAAUAUCUCAUUGUGGUAAAUGUGAAAUGCAGUGCUUUAAUAAGAUUAGUUGUACAUAAUAAAUUAAACUUCUGAUGAAAAUGGAAAAA